UUUUUAUUUUUUUUUCAUUUUUUUUUUUUAUUAUUAUUUUUUUUUAUUUUUUUAUCUUUUUCACUAAUCAAACAUGGCAAAGAAAGCAAAAGCUAGAGUGAUCUUGGUCAAGUUAUUAUCAUCUGCUGGUACUGGAUACAACUAUAUUAAGUCUAGACCUCGUAUUAAUCCCAAGUUAUCUAUGAUGAAAUAUGAUCCUGUGGUUAAACAACAUGUCCUGUUCACAGAAACCAAAAUGAAAAAGUAGGAAAAACACUCAACAAAUAACAAUCAUUAUCCCUCCUCUGUUACAACACACAUACAACAUCUGUAUAUAUCCUUCUUUUUUUUUAUUGUUCAUUUUUUUUUUUUUAUUAUCAUAGCCUUUCAUUUAGACUUCACACCUUCCUACAAAAAGAACCACACAUACUGUAUUAGUCAUACUACAGAUUUCUAUACACAUACAUAUUUUGUUUAUAUAAUAAAAAUUGUAAAAGGGA